GUGAAACAAUCUUCUUCUUCCCCGUCCAUUUUUUCCUUGCUCAACUCGUCAAAUCACUGAAAUAAGUUCAUGCCCCGCAUGUUCUUUCUUCUGAAAUUGAUGGAAUUUACCCAUCUUUAAGCAAAAAAUGGGGAAAGAAUCAGAUAGAAUUAUGUACCUUCCAAGCGUGUUCUGUUUGUUCUUCCUCGCCGCCAUGUUUGCCGGAGCUGCUUCCAAACCUCUCGGAAAUUACUGUCCAAACAGCACUAUUUACACUCCAAACAGCACUUACCGGUCCAACCUCAACUCCCUCCUCUCCGCUCUGGCCUCCAACGCCACCCGUCCAAACGGAUUCUACAACUCCACCUUUGGCGGCGGAGUCUCCGCCGCCUACGGCCUGUUCAUGUGCCGCGGCGACGUCUCCGUCCCUGACUGCCAGGCCUGCGUGAUCGACGCCGGCGAACAGAUACUGAAGGCGUGCCCCGUCCAAACGGACGCCGUCAUCUGGUACUCCAAUUGUAUGUUGCGUUACUCCAACGCGUCCAUGUUCGGAAGAUCCGACGCGUCGUUCGGGCUGAUCAUCCGCAAUUCGCAGAACGAUUCGCAGCCGGCGAGGUUCAUGGAUUCGGUCGGGAACACGCUGAACGCGGUGGCUGUUGCGGCGGCGGCGGGAGACGGAUCCGGCCGGAAAUUCGCGACUCUGGAGGCGAAUUUCUCUGCAUUUGAGAAGAUCUACACUUUGGGGCAGUGCACGCCGGAUCUAACGGAAUUGGAUUGCCGGAGCUGCCUGUCGAGCGCAAUUGGCCGGCUGCCGGUGUGUUGUUACUCGGCAAAGGGUGCUAGAACCAUCUACCCAAGCUGCAAUUUUAGGUAUGAGGUGUACCCUUUCUACAAUAACAAGCGGCCGGCCUCUACACCACCGCCGUCUCCUUCUCCUCUCCGCCCUGCUCCGUCUAUUCCACCUCCCCCCCUUUCUACCACCUUUGAAAGAAAGAAGAAAAGUUCAUCUUCUAAAGUGAUCAUUGCCAUUGUACUUCCAGUGGUUGGGAUAAUACUCUUCAUUGCACUCUUAUGUUGUUGUAUGAGAAUUAGAAAUGUCAAGAAAGGAUAUACAACUGCAGCACACCAAACAGAUGUGUCUGGGAUUUCAAGUGUGGAAUCAUAUGAUUUUAAUACCAUUCAAGCCAUUACAAAUGAUUUCGCCCCCGAAAGUAAAAUUGGUGAAGGUGGAUAUGGCUCUGUAUACAAGGCCCAGAUUCCCGAAGGACUAGACGUAGCUGUGAAAAGACUUUCGAGAUUUUCGGGCCAAGGGGCUCUAGAAUUCAAAAACGAGGUUGAAGUAGUUGCGCAACUUCAACACAGAAAUCUUGUGAGGCUGCUUGGGUUUUGCUCUGAAGGAGAAGAGAAGAUACUGAUCUAUGAAUUUGUUCCCAAUAAGAGCCUUGACUACUUUUUAUUUGAUCCUGAGAAGCGGAGCCUAUUGGAUUGGCCAACGCGUUACCGGAUUAUAGAAGGGAUAGCACGGGGGCUGCAAUACCUUCACGAAGACUCCCGACUCAGAAUCAUACACCGUGAUCUCAAAGCAGGCAACGUACUACUCGAUGAAAACAUGAACCCAAAAAUAGCAGAUUUUGGCAUGGCCAAAAUCUUUGGAGUUGACCAAACCCAUGGAAACACAAAUCGAGUUGUCGGGACAUAUGGCUACAUGUCCCCGGAGUACGUAAUGCACGGGCAGAUCUCCGUGAAAUCGGAUGUCUAUAGUUUUGGCGUUCUAGUUUUAGAGAUCAUAACUGGGAAAAGGAGAUCCAAAUUCAGUGAAACGAGUGAAGCACAAGAUCUUCUUAGCUAUGUUUGGAAAUAUUGGAGGGAUGAGAGGCCUAUGGAGAUACUUGACCCUACCCUAGGAGAUUCAUACUCAAGAAAUGAAGUGAUCCGAUGCAUGAACAUAGGGUUGAUGUGUGUUCAAGAAGAGGUGGAAGAGAGGCCUACAAUGGCAAGCAUUGUUCUCAUGCUCAACAAUUACUCCAUGACACGGCCGGUCCCACACCAACCGGCAUUUUUCUACAGCAGUAGAUUGGAGACGAAACACGGGGGGAAACUGUCGACAAGCACUUCAGUUCCACCUCUCGGAAAUUACUGUCCCAACAACACAAUUUACGCCCCAAACAGCACUUACCGAUCCAACCUCAACUCCCUCCUCUCCGCUCUCGCCUCCAACGCCACCCGUCCAAACGGAUUCUACAACUCCACCGCCGGCGGCGGAGCCACCGCCGCGUACGGCCUGUUCAUGUGCCGCGGCGACGUCUCCGCCGCCGACUGCCGCACGUGCGUGCGCGACGCCGGCGAACAAAUUCUGAAGGCGUGCCCCGUCCAAACGGACGCCGUCAUCUGGUACGACAACUGUAUGUUGCGUUACUCGGACGCGGCGUCGAUGUUCGGAAGGGCCGACACGUCCUACACGCUGAAUCUGUACAAUACUCAGAACGAUUCGCAGCCGGCGAGGUUCAUGGAUUCGGUCGGGAACGCGCUGAGCACGAUGGCGGUUGCGGCGGCGGCGGGGGACGGAUCCGGCCGGAAAUUCGCGACUCUGGAGGCGAAUUUCUCCGCCUUUGAGAAGAUCUACACUCUGGGGCAGUGCACGCCGGAUCUAUCGGAUUUGGAUUGCCGGAGCUGCCUGACGAGCGGAAUCGGCAAGCUGCCGGGGUGUUGUUACUCGGCAAAGGGUGCCAGAACCAUCUACCCGAGCUGCAAUGUCAGGUAUGAGGUGUACCCUUUCUACAAUAACAAGCGGCCGGCCUCUACACCACCGCCGUCUCCUUCUCCUCUCCGCCCUGCUCCGUCUAUUCCACCUCCCCCCCUUUCUACCACCUUUGAAAGAAAGAAGAAAAGUUCAUCUUCUAAAGUGAUCAUUGCCAUUGUAACUCCAGUGGUUGGGAUAAUACUCUUCAUUGCACUCUUAUGUUGUAUGAGAAUUAGAUAUGUCAAGAAAGGAUAUACAACAGCAACACACCAAACAGAUGUGUCUGGGAUUUCAAAUGUGGAAUCACUGCAAUAUGAUUUCAAUACCAUUCAAGCCAUUACAAAUGAUUUCGCCCCGGAAAGUAAAAUUGGUGAAGGUGGAUAUGGCUCUGUAUACAAGGCCAAGCUUCCCGAAGGACUAGACGUAGCUGUGAAAAGACUUUCGAGAUUCUCGGGCCAAGGGGCUCAAGAAUUCAAAAACGAGGUUGAAGUAGUUGCGCAACUUCAACACAGAAAUCUUGUGAGGCUGCUUGGGUUUUGCUCUGAAGGAGAAGAGAAGAUACUGAUCUAUGAAUUUGUUCCCAAUAAGAGCCUUGACUACUUUUUAUUUGAUCCUGAGAAGCGGCGCCUAUUGGAUUGGCCAACGCGUUACAGGAUUAUAGAAGGGAUAGCACGGGGGCUGCAAUACCUUCAUGAAGACUCCCGACUCAGAAUCAUACACCGUGAUCUCAAAGCAGGCAACGUACUACUCGAUGAAAACAUGAACCCAAAAAUAGCAGAUUUUGGCAUGGCCAAAAUCUUUGGAGUUGACCAAACCCAAGGAAACACAAAUCGAGUUGUCGGGACAUAUGGCUACAUGUCCCCAGAGUACGCAAUGCACGGGCAGUUCUCCGUGAAAUCGGAUGUCUAUAGUUUUGGCGUUCUGGUUUUGGAGAUCAUAACUGGGAAAAGGAGUUCCAAUUUCAGUGAAUUGAGUGAAGCACAAGAUCUUCUUAGCUAUGUUUGGAAAUAUUGGAGGGAUGAGAGGCCUAUGGAGAUACUUGACCCUACCCUAGGAGAUUCAUACUCAAGAAAUGAAGUGAUCCAAUGCAUGAACAUAGGGUUGUUGUGUGUUCAAGAGGAGGUGGAAGAGAGGCCUACAAUGGCAAGCAUUGUUCUCAUGCUCAACAGUUACUCCACGACGUGGCCGGUCCCGCGCCAACCGGCAUUUUUCUACAGUGGUAGAUCGGAGACGAAGCACGGGUGGAAACUGUCGUCGGAGCAGUCCACAAGCACUUCAGUUCCAGUGUCUAUAAAUGAAGUCUCCAUUACGGAGCUUUAUCCAAGAUGAAGGGUUUUGGUGGAAUUCAAAGGAUAGAUAGACUAGCAGAGAUGUGUAUAGAAAAACAAAGAGAUUGGCAAGUGUCGUAGCUUAGACGACAAAGAAGGGGUGCAAAAACAAAUGAUAUCCGGAUUCGAUUUCUGACUCUUUAUUUUCCUUAAAUUUUCUACAAAAAUGUAAUUGCAUUGUAUAUGUUGGAAAAUUUUCAAGCUAUACUUUGUUGUACAUUUCCUAUGUGUUGAUAAGUAAAAUUAUGCUUUUGAACCAUAAAAAAGUGUUUUCGGA